AUGUCGAUAGUGAUCAUUGUUGCCAGGGAGAUCCUGGACUCCAGGGGGAACCCCACAGUGGAAGUGGACCUGCACACUGACAAAGGUGUCUUCAGGGCAGCUGUGCCUAGCGGAGCGUCUACUGGCAUCUAUGAAGCCCUGGAGCUGAGAGACGGAGACAAGAGCCGCUACAAGGGCAAAGGUGUGCUCAAGGCUGUUGGUCACAUCAAUGACACCAUCGGUCCUGCCCUCAUCCAGUCGGGGGUCAGUGUGGUAGAACAGGAGAAACUGGACAAGAUGAUGAUAGAGAUGGACGGCACUGAGAACAAGUCUCAGUUCGGGGCCAAUGCUAUUCUGGGUGUGUCCUUGGCCAUAUGCAAAGCUGGUGCCGCAGAGAAAGGUGUCCCCCUGUACCGUCACAUUGCAGACCUGGCAGGAAACACAGAGCUAGUGCUUCCAGUUCCUGCAUUUAACGUCAUCAACGGGGGCUCUCAUGCGGGCAACAAGCUGGCCAUGCAGGAGUUCAUGGUACUUCCUGUAGGGGCGGAGUCUUUCAGGGACGCUGUGCGUGUGGGGGCGGAGCUGUACCAGACGCUGAGGGAAGUGAUCAAGGAGAAGUAUGGCCAGGACGCCACCAACGUGGGGGACGAGGGGGGGUUCGCCCCAAACAUACUGGAGAACACUGAAGCACUGGAGCUGAUCAAGACAGCCAUUGAGAAGGCAGGUUUCACAGACAAGGUGGUGAUCGGGAUGGACGUGGCAGCCUCUGAGUUCUACAAAGAGGGCAAGUACGACCUGGACUUCAAGUCUCCGCCCAACGCAGACCGCCACAUCAGCGCCCAAGAGCUCUGCGACAUGUACCAGGGCUUUGUCAAUGACUACCCAGUGGUGUCCAUUGAGGAUCCGUUUGACCAGGAUGACUGGCCGGCCUGGUCCCAGAUGACAGCCUCCGUGGGGAUCCAGGUGGUGGGAGACGACCUGACCGUCACCAACCCCAAGAGGAUAGAGCGCGCCCUGGAGGAGAGGGCCUGCAACUGCCUGCUGCUCAAAGUCAACCAGAUCGGCUCUGUCACCGAAGCCGUUCAGGCGUGUAAGUUGGCUCAGGAGAAUGGCUGGGGGGUGAUGGUGAGCCACCGCUCAGGUGAGACAGAGGACACCUUCAUUGCUGAUCUGGUGGUGGGCCUCUGCACUGGACAAAUCAAGACUGGAGCUCCCUGUCGAUCAGAGCGGCUGGCCAAAUACAAUCAACUCAUGAGGAUUGAGGAGGAGUUAGGGGACCAGGCUCGCUUCGCAGGGCACAACUUCCGGAACCCCGCCGCCCUCUAAGACUCCUUUGGGCUGACAGACACUGACACAGAAUCACAGACAUACAUCACAUCACUGCAGGGCACAGACGGACUGACAUAGAUGGACAGACACAGAUGUACACAGACAGAUAUACAUAAAUACCUACAAUGAAUCCUUCAGACAGAUAGAAGGUCGGACAGACAUAUGGUUGGAAGGAUAGAGAGACAGACAGACUGACAGACAGAAUGCGAGCAGACCGAUAAUCAAUUACCGAUUACCCCCUUAAAAAGUAAAGCAGAGACAGACAGACAGACACAGAGAGAGAGAGAGAGAAAGAGAGAGAGCCAGACAGACAGAUGCACUGAGAAACACAUUCAUAUGAAUUAGCCUUUAUAUCACUUAUAACGCACUGAUGUAUUGGAGGUUAUAUGUUUGAUCAGAUGAUGAGUUGGAGGCUGGUGCAGAAUGCAGAAGGACUGAUUGGUUUUAAACAAGACAUUAGUGUGUUGCACAAAGCAGUGUUUCUCUCAAAACAUACAUGCACAUUCCUCUACCUGUUCCCUCGUUCUUUUCCAUCCCUCUCUUUUCUCCUCCCCUUUACUUCAAAGCGUUUUCCCAUCUCAAUUUCCUCAAUUGCCCAACCCUUCCUCUUUCCUCCCCUCCUUCCACCUUUC